AUGGUGUGUGGUGUUCCCUCCUGUGAUGGUAGCGUCCAUGUCAAAGAUCUGACAUAUCUUGCAAACGUUUCCAUGACAGAGUUGCGUAGUAUUGUGGUUGAUGUUGUCCUGAAGGCUGUAAAUAUAGUGGCGAUUGGAGUCCUGUCACGGGGAACAUGUGGUCUUACCAACUGUACUACUCGCUACCUAAUGGCCAUGGCGAUGGCGGAUUUACUGGUCAUUAUCACAGAUGUCAUCCUAUACCGGAUCAGCUAUUUUGUUUUUCCAGCAUCUUUCCUCAACAUCACUCCAGUGUGUAGUGUUCUCUUUGUCCUGGCACGUACCACCACAGACUAUUCUGUGUGGUUCACUGUUACCUUUACCUUUGAUAGAUUUAUAGCCAUUUGUUGUCAGAAGCUGAAAACAAAGUAUUGCACUGCAAAAGCUGCAGUUGCCAUUCUAGUAACAACCUCCAUCCUGCUGUUUUUAAAAAACAUACCCAACUACUUUGUACUUGAAGCAGGAGAUAUAGUUGAUAAUAUAUCAUGGGGUUGUUACUUCAAUCCAAAUUGCUAUACUGACCCAGGAUGGAUAGUAUUUGAUUGGUUUGAUGCAGUAUUAAACCCACUGCUGCCGAUUGUUUUAAUGAUGUUACUUAACACCUUGACAGUCAGACAUAUUUUAAUGACCAGUCGAAUCCGCAAGGGACUGAUAGGUCGGAAAGCGGGUGAUAUUUACAGUGACUCAGAGAUGGAAAGCAGAAGAAAAUCUGUGAUCUUACUUUUUGCAAUUUCUGCCAGCUUCAUACUUCUGUGGUUGGUGUCUGUCAUCCAUUUCUUUUAUGACAAGCUUACCAGAAUAAGUACUGAUACUUACAAGAAUUUAGAAUACAUUAUUCAACGAAUUGGGUUCAUGUUGCAAAAUUUAAGUUGCUGCACAAACACAUUUAUUUAUGGAGUGACACAAUCCAAAUUCAGAGAACAAGUCAAGAGAGUGGUGAAAUAUCCAUUUAUAUCAAUGUUUCGAUCACUUCAUAAUAAAAUCAACUGA